AUGACUUAUGAGUCGGCAUUAUAUGCAACAAAUUUUCUUGUAACAAAUCAUGAUAACGACAAACCUUAUUGUCUUGUUUUCUAUGAUCCAUGUUUUCGUGAUGCUAUUGAACAAUAUUCAACAUCAUCUACUCGUUUGAUUUUAUCAAAAAUAAGUUCACAAAUUUCAACUGAUCCUUUAAAUUUUUCACUUUAUGGUCGUUCAGUACAAUUACCUGUUACACUUGAUUCAUCGAAUUAUUCAAUUGUUUUCAUAUCUCAUUCAAAAGCUUCAUUAUAUAAUUUUGCUCUUUAUUUCUAUGCUUAUGAUUUUCGUUCAUUUCCAUCAGAUUCUUCAAUAUCAAGUAAAAGAUUAUUAAGUAAACGUAUGUAUGCAAUAGAAUGUGCACGAAAUGGUUCAUCAUAUGGUUUACUUGUAUCAUCGAAUUCUUUAUUAAAUCUUUCAUUAACAAUUCAUACAUUACUUGAUCGUAUAAAAAAAUUACUUGAUAAAAAUAAUCGUCAAUAUUAUACAUUUCUAAUGAAUACAUUAUCAAUAACAAAAAUGAAUAAUUUUGAAAGAAAUAUUGAUGUUUAUAUUCUUUGUUCAUCAUGUACUGAAAGUCUAUGGCUUUCACCAGAAUAUAAACAAUUUAAUAUAUCAUUAAUUAGUAUAACUGAUAUUAUACAAGCAUUUGAAAAAGAUGAUGAAAAUUUAUCAAUAAAUUAUUCAUUUGAUUUAAGACAAAUUUUAUCAACAAUGAAAAUUAUUGAUGAAAAUGAAAUAAAUCAACAAAAUGAAGAAAAUAAUGCUUUAGUACUUAAACAUCCAAAUGCUCUUUUAUUACAACAACGUGAUGGAUUAAAUCGAAAUCUUGAUAAUAGUCAAAAUUGGUGGGGUUUACAAAUAACUGAUAAUAUUAAUGAAGAAAAAGAAUCUAAUAAAUCUAUAUCAGAACUUAAAGAAGGAAAAUCUGGUAUAGCUUCGGGUUAUACUAAUGAAAAAUUUUAA